AUGGGCCCCUCCAGCGCCGCCCUCUGCAUCCUGAUCUUCGGUGGGGCGCUGGGUCUCCCCGCCCCGGCCCAGGGGCGGCUCCGCUGUUACACCUGCAGCUUCGCCAAACCCUGCUACCCCGUUCCCACCGAGUGUCAGGACGAUGAGGCUUGUGGCGUCAGCAUCGGCACCUCAGAGCAGAGCGAGGUCAUCCAGCGGAAAGGCUGCCUCCCCAGAGCCCAGUGCGCGCUGCCCGGCCAGGCCACCUACUGGUCACGCUCCUACGCGCUGCAGCACCAUUGCUGCGAGCGGAACCUGUGCAACGCGGCCCCGGCCCCGCAGCGGCCCCCCCGGCCCCUGGUCCCCACCCUGCUCCUCGCGGCCAGCCUCACCUGCGGGGGCCACCUCCUGCACUAG